AUGGGUCCAUCCAUGUUCGGCUGUACGAAUCGCUGUUUCUGUGUUAAAGCCCUGGAAACUCAGCUAAGAGUAAACACUUCAAAUUUUAUUGGAUUCUUUGAUAUAAAAGUGAUGCUGGAGAUUAUUAGACUACGCAGAAUCCUGGAUUCCAGAGAUAGCAAAGUGCAUAUUGACCCUUUAAGAUUUAAAACACCGGCGAGAGAGGAAAGUGAUGUGAGGAGGGGUCUGCAGCAUGGUACUGUGGAGAAGGGUCAGGAGCAGGUGUGCCUUCUCAGAGCUUUUGAAGGAAAUUAUUGGCCUCACUUUUUUCUCCAAAACCAGAAAGAAUCUCUGCAAAGAAUUCUGAGCAAGGAUUCCUGUUCUACCUGGGGCGGAGGGCAUUUUUCCACCUUUGAUAAAUACCAGUAUGACUUCACUGGCACUUGCAACUAUAUCUUUGCAACUGUGUGUGAUGAAGCCAGCCCUGACUUCAAUAUACAGUUCCGCCGUGGGCUGGACAAAAAAAUUGCAAGGAUCAUUAUUGAGCUGGGACCUUCUGUUGUCAUUGUUGAGAAAGGCAGCAUUUCUGUCAGGAAUGUUGGUGUCAUUAAGUUGCCUUACACCAGCAAUGGAAUUCAAAUAGCACCUUAUGGACGCAACAUUCGUCUGGUGGCCAAACUGAUGGAGAUGGAGCUAAUUGUCAUGUGGAACAAUGAUGACUAUCUCAUGGUUUUGACUGAAAAAAAAUAUAUGGGGAAAACCUGUGGAAUGUGUGGAAAUUAUGAUGGUUAUGAAUUGAAUGAAUUUGUGAGUGAAGGUAAAUUGCUGGAUACAUAUAAAUUUGCUGCAUUACAAAAAAUGGAUGAUCCAUCGGAGAUCUGCCUGUCUGAGGAGAUAUCAAUUUCCCCCGUUCCUCACAAAAAAUAUGCCAUGAUCUGCUCUCAGCUACUUAACUUGGUAUCGCCAACAUGCAGUGUGCCAAAGGAUGGGUUUGUCGUUCGUUGCCAGCUUGAUAUGCAGGACUGCAGUGAACCAGGACAAAAGAAUUGCACUUGCCCUACACUGUCAGAGUAUUCAAGGCAGUGUGCUAUGUCCCAUCAAAUGGUAUUCAACUGGAGAACUGAAAACUUCUGCUCUGUGGGAAAAUGUUCUGCCAACCAAAUCUAUGAGGAAUGUGGCUCACCAUGUAUUAAAACCUGUUCCAACCCAGAGUACAGCUGUUCCAGUCACUGUACCUAUGGUUGCUUUUGUCCAGAAGGAACAGUUCUUGAUGACAUCUCAAAGAAUCGAACAUGUGUUCACAUUAAGCAGUGUCCAUGUACACUGAAUGGGAAAACAUAUGCUCCCGGUGAGACAAUGAUAGCAGCAUGUAGGACCUGUAAAUGUACAAUGGGUCAAUGGAACUGCAAAGACUUGCCCUGCCCUGGAAGGUGUUCACUGGAAGGAGGCUCCUUCGUUACCACAUUUGAUUCUAGAUCAUACAGGUUCCAUGGGGUUUGCACUUAUGUUCUUAUGAAGAGUCCCAGCCUGCCACACAAUGGAACUCUAAUGGCUGUAUAUGAAAAGUCCGGUUAUUCUCAUUCUGAGACAUCACUUACUGCUGUAAUUUACCUGUCUACAAAGGAUAAAAUUGUGAUUUCUCAGAAUGAACUCCUUACUGACGAUGAUGAACUUAAGCGGCUACCUUACAGAUCAGGAGACAUCACUAUUUUCAGACAGUCCUCAAUGUACAUUCAAAUGUAUACAACCUUCGGGCUCGAACUUGUAGUUCAGACAUCACCUGUGUUCCAGGCCUAUGUUAAAGUUGGACCACAAUUCAAAGACAGAACCCUAGGUUUGUGUGGCAAUUACAAUGGAGACACUACAGAUGAUUUCAUGACUAGCAUGGAUAUCACUGAAGGGACAGCCUCCUUGUUUGUAGAUUCCUGGAGGGCAGGAAAUUGCCAUCCUGCUUUAGAGAGAGAUACUGACCCUUGUGCUUUGAGUCAACUGAACAAAAUAUCUGCUGAGACUCAUUGCUCCAUUCUUACCAAGAAGGGUACAGUGUUCGAGAAAUGCCAUGCUGUGGUGAACCCUAUUCCUUUCUACAAGAGAUGUGUCUACCAAGCCUGUAAUUAUGAAGAGACCUUUCCUUACAUUUGUUCUGCUCUGGGAUCAUAUGCACGAACAUGCAGUUCAAUGGGUUUAAUCCUUGAGAACUGGAGAAACAGUAUGGACAACUGUACUAUUACUUGUACUGCCAAUCAAACAUUCAGCUACCACACUCAGGCAUGUGACAGGACAUGCUUGUCACUCUCAAACCGAGCCCUGGAGUGUCAUCCAACUGACAUCCCUAUUGAAGGCUGCCAGUGUCCUCAAGGACUGUACUUGAACCACAAGAAUGAGUGUGUUCGUAAAUCUUACUGUCCUUGCUAUUUAGAAGAUAGAAAGUACAUCUUGCCUGACCAGUCAGUAAUAACUGGUGGGAUUACCUGCUACUGCGUUAAUGGAAGGUUAAGUUGCACAGGCAGACCUCAAAAUCCUGCAGAAAGCUGCAAAGCUCCUAAGAAAUAUAUAUCGUGUUCUGACAGUUCAGAAAACAAGUAUGGAGCUGCAUGUGCCCCUACCUGUCAGAUGCUUGCUACUGGAAUUGAAUGUAUACCCACUAAAUGUGAAUCCGGCUGUGUCUGUGCUGAUGGGCUAUAUGAAAAUCUUGAUGGCAGGUGUGUUCCGGCUGAGGAGUGCCCAUGUGAAUAUGGUGGUCUUGCUUAUGGAAAAGGUGAACAGAUCCAAACUGAAUGCGACAUCUGCACUUGCAAAAAAGGCAAAUGGAAAUGUGUUCAGAAAUCAGUGUGUUCCUCAACAUGUAAUCUGUAUGGAGAAGGCCACAUCACCACUUUUGAUGGACAGCGUUUUGUGUUUGAUGGCAACUGUGAAUACAUAUUAGCUAUGGAUGGCUGCAGUGUUAAUAGACCCAUUUCCUCUUUCAAAAUUGUUACUGAGAAUGUCAUCUGUGGGAAAUCAGGGGUUACAUGCUCCAGAUCCAUCAGCAUUUACCUUGGGAAUUUGACAUUCGUACUGCGAGAUGAAACCUUCACUGUAUCUGGAGAAAAUCCUGGAGUACAAUAUAAUGUCAAAAAGAAUGCUCUUCAUCUGAUGUUUGAUGUCAUUAUCCCAGGAAAAUACAACAUGACUCUUAUCUGGAAUAAGCACAUGAACUUCUUCAUCAAAAUCUCCAGAGAAACACAGGAAACUAUAUGCGGUUUGUGUGGGAACUACAAUGGCAAUAUGAAGGAUGAUUUUGAAACUCGAAGCAAGUAUGUAGCAUCAAAUGAAUUGGAAUUUGUCAAUUCUUGGAAAGAGAAUCCUCUCUGUGGGGAUGUAUACUUUGUAGUGGACCCCUGUAGCAAGAACCCUUAUCGUAAAGCAUGGGCAGAAAAGACAUGCUCCAUCAUCAACAGCCAAGUCUUUUCUGCCUGUCACAAUAAGGUGAAUCGUAUGCCUUAUUAUGAGGCCUGUGUUCGAGAUUCCUGUGGUUGUGACAUUGGAGGGGACUGUGAAUGCAUGUGUGAUGCUAUUGCAGUAUAUGCCAUGGCAUGCUUAGAUAAAGGUAUCUGCAUUGACUGGAGGACCCCUGAGUUCUGUCCUGUUUAUUGUGAGUAUUACAACUCUCAUAAAAAAAAAAGAAAUGGCGAUGCUUAUUCCUAUGGCUACAACAAUGACAACUGCACCUGGCAUUACAGACCUUGUAAUUGUCCAAAUCAAAACUACAAAUAUGUCAACAUUGAAGGCUGUUACAACUGCUCUCAUGAUGAAUACUUUGACUAUGAGAAGAAAAGAUGUAUGCCAUGUGGACAUGCAAUCACUAGUACCACACCUGAAACAUCUCCACCUUCAACAGUAACAACAGCGCAGCCUAAAGUAUCAAGAAGCUCUAUUGCAGGUACCCUACCAGUAGUACCUAGUAUUUCUUCUUCUGCAGCUACUGUAUCAAUUGAGACUACAAAUCCCACAGUAACCUCAAAAAUCACGGUUCCAAUAACUUCACCAACAUCACCUCUUGGCACAAUAAUGUCAACAACUGAGAGUGAGGGAACCCAAGCAACCACUAUGCACUACCAUGUCCCAGUGGCUGUCACCCACAGAAGACCAACAAAGGCACAACUUGUGCAGCAUCACAUCACGCAGAAGACCACCCCUGCCACAUCCACCAGCAGCACCUCUGUCCCAAGAAUGACUGUCCGUGCCAGCAGCCCAGAAGUCCCACUGACAAAGAUGUCUCCAAGUCCCAGCUCUUUAACUGCCACCUCAGCCUCAUCUGCUUCUUCCGCCUCCUCUACUGUGCCCUCAACACGAUUGAGACCAUCAUAUCCCGCAAGGGAGCCAACAAGAGCUAGGACUCCAACUAGUAAAGUAGUAACAGCUGUCACACACACAGAGACAACCAUGCCACACAUCGUGCCACCUCUGACCACGCACAAGACCACUGCCACCACCUCCGCCAGCAGCACCUCCAGGACCUCUGUCUCCAGAGAAGCCCUCACCACAAGCAGCACAGAAGUCCCACACACAAGGAUGUCUCCAAGGUUGUCUCCGGUCCCCAGCAGCUCCCUCAGCACCCAGUUGCCACCUACUGCUACUUCCACAGUCUCCUCCACAUUGGCCCCACCCACCAGCCCCCAGCCAACACCUACAACUCUAUGGCUCAAGCUGUCUUCCCAGACAACAAGUGCUCUGAGAGAGUCACCUGCAACAGAGUCCUCUGCACCCUCCACAGCUAAAACCAGCCCAAUGUCUUCAUCUGCAUAUUCUCCCUUAUCAACUGUGUCUUCAACAUGGCAGGUCUCCUCUCAGCCUGCCUUCACUCACUCAGAGACAACCGUGCCACACAUUGUGCCACGUCUAACCAUUCACAAGACCACCGCCACCACCUCUGCCAGCAGCACCUCCAAGACCUCUGUCUCCAGAGAGGCCAUCACCACAAGCAGCACAGAAGUCCAACACACGAGGGCGUCUCCAAGUCCCAGCUCCGCACCUAUCCCCAGCAGCUCGCUCAGCACCUGGGUGCCACCUACUGCUACUUCCACAGUCUCCUCCACAUCAGCCACAACCACCAGUCCCAAGCCAACACCUACAACCCUAUGGCUCAAGCCAUCUUCCCCAAUGACAACUGCUCCAAGAGAGUCACCUGCAACAGAGUCCUCUGCACCCUCCACAGCUAAAACUAGCCCAAUAUUUUCACCUGUAUCUUCCCCCUCCUCAACUUUGUCCUCAACAUGGCGGAUUUCCUCUCAGCCAGCCUUCACUUACACAGAGACAACCGUGCCACACAUCGUGCCACGUCUAACCACGCACAAGACCACUGCCACCACCUCUGCCAGCAGCACCUCCAAGACCUCUGUCUCCAGAGAGGCCAUCACCACAAGCAGCACAGAAGUCCAACACACGAGGACGUCUCCAAGUCCCAGCUCUAUGCCUGUCCCCAGCAGCUCGCUCAGCACCUGGCUGCCACCUACUGCUACUUCCACAAUCUCCUCCACAUCAGCUGCAACCACCAGUCCCAAGCCAACACCUACAACUCUAUGGCCCAAGCUGUCUUCCCAGACAAGUGCUCUGAGAGAGUCACCUGCAAUAGAGUCCUCUGCACCUUCCACAGCCAAAACCAGACCAAUGUCUUCACCUGCAUCUUCUCCCUCCUCAACCAUGUCCUCAACAUGGCAGAUCUCCUCUCAACCUGCCCUCACCCACACAGAGACAACCAUGCCACACAUCGUGCCACGUCUAACCACGCACAAGACCACCACCACCACCUCUGCCAGCAGCACCUCCAAGACCUCUGUCUCCAGAGGGGCCAUCACCACAAGCAGCACAGAAGUCUCCCACACAAGUAUGUCUCCAAGUCCCAGCUCUGCACCUGUCCCCAGCAGCUCACUCAGCACCUGGCUGCCACCUACUGCUACUUCCACAGUCUCCUCCACAUCAGUCACAACCACCAGUCCCAAGCCAACACCUACAACCCUAUGGCUCAAGCCGCCUUCCCAGACAACAAGUGCUCUGAGAGAGUCACCUGCAACAGAGUCCUCUGCACCCUCCACAGCCAAAACCAGCCCAACUCCUUCACCUGCCUCUUCCCCUUCCUCAGCCACGUCCUCAACAUGGCGGAUCUCCUCUCAGCCUGCCCUCACCCACACAGAGACAACCAUGCCACACAUCGUGCCACAUCUGAAUACGCACAAGACCACCGCCACCACCUCUGCCAGCAGCACCUCCAAGACCUCUGUCUCCAGAGAGGCCAUCACCACAAGCAGCACAGAAGUCCCACACUCAAGGAUGCCUCCAAGUCCCAGCUCUAUGCCUGUCCCCAGCAGCUCACUCAGCACCUGGCUGCCACCUACUGCUACUUCCACAGUCUCCUCCACAUCAGUCACAACCACCAGUCCCAAGCCAACACCUACAACUCUAUGGCCCAAGCUGUCUUCCCAGACAAGAAGUGCUCUGAGAGAGUCACCUGCAACAGAGUCCUCUGCACCCUCCACAGCCAAAACCAGCCCAACUCCUUCACCUGCCUCUUCCCCUUCCUCAGCCACGUCCUCAACAUGGCGGAUCUCCUCUCAGCCUGCAGCCUUCACCCACACAGAGACAACCAUGCCACACAUCGUGCCACCUCUGACCAUGCACAAGACCACUGCCGCCACCACCUCCGCCAGCAGCACCUCCAAGAUCUCUGCCUCCAGAGAGGCCAUCACCACAAGCAGCACAAAGGUCCCCCCUACAAGGGCAUCUCCAAGUUCCAGCCCCGUGCCUGUCCCCAGCAGCCCUAUCAGUACCCAGCUGCCGUCUGCCACUCCUUCCACAGUCUCCUCCACAUCAGCCCCAACCACCAGCCCUAAGCCUACACCCCUCACUACUUCCACCUUUAGGUCUGCUAAGAGCAGUACGUAUUUUUCCUCCCCAAACACCACAUUCAUUCCACAUGGCAAAACAUCUUCAUUAAUAGUUCCUACUAGUGUCUUUCCCGCAUCCACUCCAGUUUUGAGCCCAACUGUUUUGUCUACAACAAUUUCUUUUGCACCCAGUGUUGUUACUACUGCUUCUACAGAGUCAGUAGAAAGGACUUCUCUGCGAACAACACCACUAACCACUACCCGCACUACAUCAGUUCCUUUCACCACUAGACUGUCAACAUCCUUGUCUUCUGCUGUACCAUUAACAGUGCCACAAGAGCACUGCAGAGAAAUCAAGUAUGAAGAAAAAGUAACUUACAAAGGCUGUUCUACAAAUGUCACUUUAAGCCGCUGUGAAGGAUCGUGUCCAUCCUCAACAAAGUUGAAUGUUGAGGAGAUGGUGGUCAACAUGGCAUGUGGCUGCUGUAGGCCACUUCAGCUUCUUAAGAAGGAACUUCAACUGCCAUGCCAAGACCCAGAUAACCCUGGAAAAAGGCUCAUGAGAGAAGUAAUUGUAUUUAGUGGCUGUGUUUGUGACUUCGACAGUUGCAUACACUAGCCAGAGCUCCAGAUGGCUUCAGACACCGUUUUUGGUUGGGUUUUUUUUUCUUUUUUUUUUUAAACACUAAUCACGAUUUACUACUUCCAUAGUGACUGCUCACUGCUGGAGUUCCCUUGUAUUGAUUAUACAGGACAGCCUUGCAGUGAAGCAUCCUGAGCAAGCACCUGGAGCAUCAAUGAAC